CUGCCUACCAAACGGAGGUUGUCACCUGCCACCACUUCUUGCCGCCUUACCAAGACAUGCAGUGACUGGCCCAAGAUAAAACCUCGCAUUCUCUCCACCCUCGCUACACACACUUCCACCACCCCUGUCCAUAUGUCAUUCCACUCCACUCGUCAAGACAGACCACACUCCGACGUCGAACUCCUCAUCAUGCCUCAGCAAAAGGGCUUCUCCGAAGGCAGCGCCGCCAUCAUCGAUGUCGAAAAACAAUACCAGCCAAACUCAUCCACCGCUUCCCAGGACAGCAAUGUCACGAGCUUGGCAUGGACCGACCUCACCGUCACCGUCAAGGAUCGCACCACGGGUCACCACCGCGACAUCCUUCACCGCGUUUCCGGCAUCGCUCGACCGGGUGAGAUGAUCGCUCUCAUGGGCCCAUCCGGUUCCGGCAAGACCACUCUCCUCAACUCACUCGCUCAGCGGCAAAAGACUGGGGUCACCGGCAAGGUGCUCAUCAAUGGUCACGAGGCGCCAAUCGCCACCCACCGCUCGCUCAGCUCUUUCGUCGAGCAGGAAGAUACCCUCAUUGGUUCGCUCACCGUUGAGGAGACUUUGAGAUUCGCCGCCAGAUUGGCACUUCCCAGCACUGUCACCAAGACCGAAGCUCGUGAGAGAGCCCGCAAGCUGAUCGACUCAUUCGGGUUGUCGAAGCAGAAGAAGACUCUCAUCGGCACUCCCGUCCAAAAAGGCAUCUCCGGUGGUCAGAAGCGGAGAGUCAGCGUCGCCACUCAGCUCGUCACCGGACCAAGAAUCUUGUACCUCGAUGAGCCAACCAGCGGACUGGACUCCACUGCGAGUUUCGAAGUCAUGUCUUUCAUCCGCAACAUUGCUCGCGAGACGGGGUUGAUCGUCAUCGCCAGCAUCCAUCAACCCUCCACCAAGACCUUUGAGCUCUUCAACCGCAUCAUCCUCCUCUCCCAAGGCAAGACAUGCUACAACGGCACCAUCCAAGAUCUCGAUCUUCACCUCGACAACAUCGGCAUGCCAAUCACCGGCCACGUCAACCCAGCCGAACACAUUCUCGACCUGACCAACGUCGACUUCUCGGCCGCCACCAAGGAAGACCAAGCUCGCCUCGACGGCAUCUUCGAAGGCUGGCUGCACUCUGAACACAAUCAACAAGUCGAGUAUGACCUGCGCGAACUCCGCGGUCGGCCAUUGGUCUGUGAUGCCUCGGAUCAGCAUCCCGGUCUCGUGCCGCAGGUGAUGACACUUCUUCACCGUUCCUUCAUCAAGAGCUACAGAGACAUCGUCGCAUACUGGAUCCGAGUGGCCAUGUAUCUCGGUCUGGCGGUCAUGAUGGGCACGGUGUGGUUGAGACUGGGCUCGGACCAGAGCGAGAUCCAACCUUUCGUCAAUGCCAUCUUCUUCGGCUCAGCCUUCAUGUCCUUCAUGGCAGUCGCCUACGUCCCCGCCUUCCUCGAAGACCGCUCCAUCUACGUCAAAGAGCGCGCCAACGGCAUCUACGGUCCCACAGCCUUCAUCCUCUCCAACUUCCUCAUUGGCCUCCCCUAUCUCUUCCUCAUCUCCCUCCUCUUCUCCAUCGUCUCCUACUGGCUCAUCGGCCUCCGCCCCACCGGCGCCGCCUUCUUUACCUGGGUCAUGUGGCUCUUCCUCGACCUCCUCGCCGCCGAAGCGCUCGUGGUCCUCAUCUCCUCCAUCUUCCCCAUCUUCGUCGUCGCACUGGCUCUCAUUGCCUUCAUCAACGGCUUGUGGAUGUCGGUCGGCGGAUUCCUGGUCUCCCUCCCGGUUCUGAACGUCUUUUGGCGGUACGUGUUUCACUACAUUGAUUACCAGGCGUACGUCUUCCAGGGCAUGAUGGUCAAUGAGUUUCGGUACAAGGACUUUGACUGUGCGGGCAGUCCGGGUGAUGCGGGUGGUUGUCAGUGCAUGUACGCUUCGGUGUUGCAGGAUCAGUGCAAGAUUCAGGGCAAGGCUGUGUUGAAGGAGUAUGGCUAUGCGGUGGAUCUGCAGGGGCAGUGGAUUGGAAUCAUGCUCGCCAUCAUCGUGGUCUACCGCGUUCUUGGAUGGGGUGUGUGUUGGUUGAAGAAGACUUGA